GUGCGAGAGGUACCCCGGACUGGAUGCUUUAGUCAGCCCGUGAGAACAUGGGUUUAGGCUCGUCCAAAGUCCCGCGCAAGGUGAUCAAGGUGACGCCGGUUCCCGCGAACGAGGCGGCCGGUUUGGACACAUUGUCCGGGCGCCGCGGCCCUGGCAGUGGUGCGGACGGGGAGCGUCUGAGACACGGCGGGUCGCACGAAACUUCAAAGCCGAGGAGAAGCGACCUUCCUCCGCUCAAGGAGAGGCUGCCCGCGCGGCACAUUACCGGCGCGCUGCCCAGCCUCCGGCAAGUACCCAGGGCCAUCUCGUUUGAUGUUAAUGUGGACGGCGGGGAAACCAGUAUAAUAAAAAAACACCCUCCUCGCAGAUUUCAGAGACUUGAACCCAUCAGUGGGUGUGCAGUGAUCACAUCAGAGAAGCUUCUGGAAAAGCAGCGGGCAGCAAAUGUACGCAAAGUACAGGCACAAGAAAUACAAGCAGAAAUCGCAAAGCAAUUUUCCAGGAGACGACAACAAAUUGAGAAGAUGCAAUAUGAAAAGAUAAGGCAGCAAGAGAUAAGUCAUGUACAGGAGCAAGGAGAACUGAUGAUAAAUCGUCAAAAAGAAACUCAAAAUAAUAAACAGAAAACAAAGGAUCACAGAGCCAACAAGUCAAGGGGAAAAGGUCAAAAUAAUGAUCAUCAAGAAGAUAAAUGCCAUAUUGCAAUAGAACUUAAUGACAUUUUCAGUGCAGAUUAUGGUAAUUCAUGGAAUGACUUGACUUCACCAAUGCUCUCCGUAUGUAAUAACUUCAGCAACGGUAACCACAUUAGGAUACCUGAACAACUUGGCAAGCAUCAGACACAGAGGGACAUUUUCAGCAACAGCUCCAGUAACGAGUCCUUGGAUUGCUGGAUGGACACCAGUCAAUCUCAGCACAGACUGAUGAGAACUAAGACUGAGCGAAUCCCAAUGAUUGACGAAUUCUUUGAUCGAGAAUUGUAGCUGUUCAAGUUGAGCUGAUCUACAGGAAUACAGUAAGGUUGUAGAAACAUUUGUUUAAUCAGUC